UACACAUUCUUUAUGAACUUUCUUGAACACACAUUAUUUUGCCCUUUUUAGGGAAGGGGGUGGUGGAAGUACAUGUCCAUUUUUUUACUCGAGUAUUUUGUCACCAUAAACACAUGAGAAAUCUUUGACAUUUGUAGCCUAAAACAUCUGUAGCCCAAAUGAUUUUCUAUGUUCCAUUAUGUCAUUUGUCACAGCAAGUUGAAUUAUCUCAUUCUUUUUGCAUGACUUGUAUCUCUCCUCAUGGUUGGAUUAUGUUUUUAUAGUAGCUUUUUAACUCACUGUCUUUGCUGCACAUUUUCCAUGGAUCAUAAUUGAGUGCCAACAGUGCAAAAACCAACAAAAGAGCUUAAUGACUGGCAUGGAUCCAGAUCAGUGUGCGUCCGUAGUAUGAUCUGUUCCUUUAUCCCCACAUCCAUACUGUUUGUUUAUCCCACAGCCAUACUGUUUGUUUAUCCCCACAUCCAUACUGUUCCUUUAUCCCCACAUCUAUACUGUUCCUUUAUCCCCACAUUCAUCAUACUGUUCAUUUAUCCCCACAUCCAUACUGUUUGUUUAUCCCUACAACCAUACUGUUCGUUUAUCCCAACAAUCAUACUGUUUGUUUAUCCCUACAUCCAUAUUGUUCAUUUAUCCCCACAACCAUACUGUUCAUUUAUCCCCACAACCAUACUGUUCGUUUAUCCCAACAAUCAUACUGUUUGUUUAUCCCCACAUCCAUAUUGUUCAUUUAUCCCCAUAUCCGUACUAUUCCUUUAUCCUCACAUCCAUAUUGUUCAAUUAUCCCCACAUCCAUACUAUUCCUUUAUCCCCACAUCCAUACUGUUUGUUUAUCCCCACAUUCAUCAUACUAUUCCUUUAUCCCCACAUCCAUAUUGUUAAUUUAUCCCCACAUCCAUACUAUUCCUUUAUCCCCACAUCCAUACUGUUUGUUUAUCCCCACAUUCAUCAUAUUAUACCUUUAUCCCCACAUCCAUAUUGUUCAUAUAUCCCCACAUCCAUGCUAUUCCUUUAUCCCCACAUUCAUACUGUUAGUUUAUCCCCAUAUUCAUCAUACUAUUCCUUUAUCCCCACAUCCAUACUGUUUGUUUAUCCCCACAUUCAUCAUACUAUUCCUUUAUCCCCACAUCAAUAUAGUUCAUUUAUCCCCACAUCCAUACUAUUCCUUUAUCCCCACAUCCAUACUGUUUGUUUAUCCCCACAUCCAUACUAUUCCUUUAUUCCCACAUCCAUACUGUUCCUUUAUCCCCACAUCCAUAUAGUUCCUUUAUCCCCACAUCCAUACUGUUCCUUUAUCCCCACAUCCAUACUGUUUGUUUAUCCCCACAUCCAUCAUACUGUUCAUUUAUCCCAACAACCAUACUGUUCAUUUAUCCCAACAAUCAUACACUGUUUGUUUAUCCCAACAUCCAUACUGUUUGAUUAUCCCAACAUCCAUACUGUUCAUUUAUCCCCACAUCCAUGCUGUUCAUUUAUCCCAACAUCCAUACUGUUCAUUUAUCCCCACUUCCAUACUGUUCAUUUAUCCACAACAUCCAUACCAUUCAUUUAUCCCCACAUCCAUGCUGUUCAUUUAUCCCCACAUCCAUACUGUUCAUUUAUCCCCACAUCCAUGCUGUUCAUUUAUCUCCGCUUCCAUGAUGUUCAUUUAUCCCCACAUCCAUGCUGUUCAUUUAUCCCCACAUCCAUACUGUUAAUUUAUCCCCACAACCAUACUGUUCAUUUAUCCCCACAUCCAUACUGUUCAUUUAUCCCCAACAUCCAUACCAUUCAUUUAUCCCCAAAUCCAUGCUGUUCAUUUAUCCCCACAUCCAUACUGUUCAUUUAUCCCCACAUCCAUACUGUUCAUUUAUCCCCACAUCCAUGCUGUUCAUUUAUCUCCACUUCCAUGAUGUUCAUUUAUCCCCACAUCCAUGCUGUUCAUUUAUCCCCACAACCAUACUGUUCAUUUAUCCCCACAACCAUACUGUUCAUUUAUCCCCACAACCAUACUGUUCAUUUUUCCCCACAACCAUACUGUUCAUUGAUCCCCACAUCCGUACUGUUCAUUUAUCCCCACAUCCAUAAUGUUCUUUUAUUUUCACAACCAUACUGUUCAUUUAUCCCCACUUCCAUACUGUUCAUUUAUCCCCACAUCCAUACUGUUCAUUUAUCCCAACAUCCAUACUGUUCAUUUAUCUCAACAUCCAUACUGUUCAUUUUUCCCCACAUCCAUACUGUUCGUUUGUAUAUUAAUUUCAGAGCUUGUAUGCAACUAUUAAGCAAACAGUAUGGUUUCAGAUCAGAUGGCUGACCUUGAUCCAUACUGGUUGCAAAGCCCUAAUAUUGGUUUUAGCACAGUUGUGGCUAUUUUAAAGAUAACACAAGAGUAGUUUAUUUUCAUAUAUAGUAUACUAUGCGAAUCUGGGCUUGAAAACUGAUGUACUAUAUUUUUACAAUCACAAGCUUUAAAGUGGAGUUAUAAUAGGAAAAAUAGGAUAUUUAUAAAUUAAAUUGCGUGAAUGAUGCACAAAAUGAUUCAGUUGGGAUAUACGAAAGGUUUAAGAGUUGCCUUUUAAAAAAAAACUAACAGCAUUUCCUUGUUUGAAAGAAUCUAUAAUUUGAGUUAAAUAUUAUGAGCAAAAUAGUGUUAGCAUCUGCAGUGAAACAGAAAUUUAUCAGUGGUGUCUGAUAUUUUAAUUGAUUUAGCAUUACUCAGGAAGGAAGUUGCACUGUCACUAUGAAUGAUACUUGCCCCAGAUUUCAGACCCUUACCUGUUUGUGACUGUAACUCCAGUCAAAUUUUGGCAAACAAACAUCAGAUUUUGCACACAAAUGUGGUAAAUGCUGCAUAUUUUAGAAAUGAAAUUUCAUAUUAGUGUCCUGUCUCAUUUUUAUGCCCCAACUUUUGCCGGGGGGGGGCAUAUAGAUUUGCCCUUGUCUGUCCGUCCUUUCGAGAAUGUUGUGUCGAGCCUAGCUCCAAAAGUAUUUGACGUAGAGUCACAAAACUUUACAGGAAUUUUGGUCAGCAUGUGUAGUUGUGCACCUGGGGUUUCGCUUCCGGAUUCAUUCUGUCAUGUAGGAGUUAUGGCCCCUGACUUUGUAAAAAUUGGUAAUUUUAAUGUUGUGUCGUGCAUAGCUCCCAAAGUAUUUGAUCUAGAGUCACCAAAGUUUACAGGAAUGUUGGUCAGCAUGUGCAGUUGUGCACCUGGGGUUUCGCGUCCGGAUUCAUUCAGUCGUGUAGGAGUUAUGGCCCCUGACUUAGUUAAAAAAUUGGUCAUUUUAAUGUUGUACGUGUUGCGCGUAGCUCCAAAAGUAUUUGACCUAGAGUCACCAAAAUUUACAGGAAUGUUGGUCAGCAUGUGCAGUUGAGCAACUGGGGUUUCGCGUCUGGAUUCAUUCAGUAUUGUAGGAGUUAUGGCCCCUGACCUAGGAAAAAGUUGUCAUUUUGAUGUCAUGUAGUGGGGGCAUCUGUGUCCCAUGGACACAUUUCUAGUUUAGUUAUUAUAUGAAAGUCUAUGUAAUUCUGGAUCACAUCUUUUACAUAAUUUUAUGUUGAUAUACUCCUUUAAAAUAGACUUCAGCAGACGGGAAAUACAGUCUCCUCAUAUAUUGUAACUUAGAGGCCAGUAUUGGUUCUUCAUAGCAAAGAGGGCUUUGCUAAGUAUCGGUGCUAUACAACCAGGCUGUCUAUUUUUGCAAAGAGCUAGGCUUUAACUUGAGUUAACCGAACAUUCCAGCAGCGUAUCUAAUAGAUUUCUCUCUCUUUGUAUUGGGAGCUUUCUCUCACUAUUCUUCUGGUCAGAUCACUCUUUGUCUUUACUGGUAGUGGAUGAAUCUGGCACCCUGAGUGGCUGCCUUUAUAUGUGAAACGCUUUUGAAUAUGUUUAUCAUUAAAAAGAGCUAUAUAAAUCUGAUAUAGUAUAAUAUAUUUAAUAUGCAAGAUGAACUUGUGUAACUGAUAUUUUAUUGAUGUAACCUAACAAAGAAGUGUUUAAUUACUAUUAAUUAAUGGGAGUAACUUAAGAAUCACAAAGUAUCACAGAAUCAUUAGAGUCAUUUUAUAAUUUUUCUUCAAGCACAUUUAAAAUAUCCAUUGAGUAUGAACAAAAUAGUGUAAAUUCCAAAGUACAAUAAUAAAAUAAAGCUUAAAAGUGAUACAAAUACAUUUAUAUAUCUG